UCAUACGCCACUGAGCGCAUAAUCUCCAUGCUGAGUCUUGUACGAGAAGUCGGCGAGUGAGAUUGUGUAUGAGGACAGUCUGUCUAAAGCUUGGAUAAAUUACAUCCUUUCUUAGAAGGAACUUAAGAGAGUAGCCAAGAAAACUCCACCAUCAUGCUUCGUAGACUGUGUCUCGCCUUGGCUAUUGUCUUGCUCUUGGUUGCGAUAGCAUUGUCGCAAGAUACCACUGAUGCUCCUGCUCCUACGGCUGCUCCCGAACCAGAGCCUACAGCAGCUCCCGAGCCAGCACCGACCGGCGCUGCCGAGCCCGAGCCGACCGGAGAGCCGGACGCCGGUACGAGCAAGCCCGAGAUGAUGACCACGUCUGGGGCCACCACCGCAGCCAACAUCAGCGGCGUGUUCCUGUUGCUCCACGCCGCUUUGGCAGUGCUGUACGCGUAGGUGAAUUCCAAAAACAAAAAACGACCCGAAACAUCCAACCCGGCAAGCACCCAGCAGGCUCGUCUUGUCGCACAAAGUUGCAGCAUCCUACAGAGUAUAAGUGCGCAGCAGCAAUCCUUCUCUUUUGCCAAGAAAUCGGAUGCAGGUGUAUCGGAGUACACGCCAUUCGUCGUCAAAUGUUUUCUUUCUACUUUUUUUUGGUUAAUGCACCUUUGCACUUACUCUUUAAACGGACUUAAACAUCAUGAAGUUAAUUUUCCUUAAUGAAUUUCUCCUUAUACCAUUGGAAUUAUUAAACAGUGAUAGUUAGUGUCUAAGAUUUUUUUUUGCACGAACCGAUUACAAGACUGGGUCUGAAAUUUUAUCAUUUUAAUGGUGUAAUUUUAUGGGAGUAAUGUUUAUAAGCACUCGGUUCUUUCCCAAAUUUCGUGAGGAAAAACAAAUCUCAAAUGAAUAUUUGUAUUUAAAAAUACUUACAGGCAAGCCCUUGGCUUAGCACAGUGUUUUCCCCAGUACUACCGUGGUAUUUGUUAUUUGACCGUGUGUGCUCGCUACAAAAAUAUUUACGACAUCGGUCUCAGUACCCUGGAAUUCAGAUAAAUGCCUCCUCCACAAAUGAUUUCUGUUUUGGCUUCUUCGAAUUGGCUUAUGCCAGCUGUCUAAGACGUGGACUUAAAAUUAAGUACUCAAAACAGCGGGAGAAAUUUCUUUCAUAAACAUGUUUCUGUCAUCGAGGAGUUUGAUUGCUUUUACACGCGAGGCCUCCACACCCCGUCCGUUCCCCACCGCGGGCACACGAGGUCUGCAUAACUCACCUACUCGGGCGUAACAGUGUGUGACAUUUUCAAAGCGCUGCAGUUGAUAUUAAAAUUUGUGGGUACCAGUAUGACCGGAAGACAUAAUUUAUGAAUCUUGUUACGGUUGAAUUAUAGAGAUAAAAAUAAAUCCAUUGAUGUAGGCCAAUUUAUACGAGGCAGCUAUACAGUGCAUUGAUUCUUGCCUUAUUUGUCAAUCCACGGCAUGCGAUUUCCAGUCAAUUUGGUUGUGAGCUUAUCGCACAAGCUUAUGCAUUGUACAUGUAAUUGAAAGUCAGUACUCGUGUCUGCAGUACUGUUUAAAAAAAAGUACCACAAGGCUUAUAGAAUGGGCUACUAAGCACGAAUAAAAGUACUAGGAUAAUAAAGUGGUAUACUAAGCACACACUUUUACGAGGUGCGAAGAAAAGAACUCGCGAGUAAAGCCAUUUUGCUUGUCAAACUCAUGAGAUUUUAUUAUUCGCAUCUGUAUUGGAAUGUGGUGACCUGGUGUUUUUUGGUACAUGUAUUUUCAUUUUUACUUCGGUGACAUUUUAGGUUUAGUCAAUACUGUAUGCAUUUUACGAGUUUAUGAAACACUGGGGACAUGACGCACAAGAAUGGUUUGUUGUACGACUCUACUGUCGUCAUCUUGUGUUCUUCAAAUUGGCUGAUUUUUUUUGGCUAUACGACGUUGACUGUCGGACUAAUUACCAUGAUAGUCUGGGGCCUUUCAUAUGGCAUAUGCACACGUAUAUAAUGAUCACAGAUGCACCCCUUUGGAGCCAGACAAAAUGGCCGCAGUCACAUUUGACUUUAAAAUGCGGCAUACCUAUGUGUCAUGCCCUUUUGCUUGUUUGAUACAACCAAUUCGUAACUUGCCAAACAACCCACAGUAGACUAGAACGUGUUGCUGUUAAACAAGAAAAUAGAUAUUUAUCCACAUUUCGUCAUCUCGUGAACAAUGUACAGAGCGAAUGAGAAAUGAAGCUUAUGAUUAUCUCUCUGAGAUAUGAUCGCUGACGCAUUCGCUUUUCUGCCCCAAAAGUGUGAGAAAGAAAAAAAAUAACCCACAAAGGUACACAAGGUAGACUUUCUGGAGUCCUAUACUCUCGGAAAAAAAAUCAUGGCAUUGUUAUCCAGCGAUGCCGUUCAAAAUCGACAUGUAAUUCAUCUUUUACCGCAGUUUCUGACAAAAACUUCUAAACUAUUUCCCCUUUUAUAAUUAUUAUUAAGUAGACCUUGCAUUUUAGUCAUUAGUUAUAUAUGUAUAAGUUUAUAGGUCUAUAUUUUAACAUGUCUUUGCCACGCAUUGCCGUCUUGCAUUGACAAUAAAUAUUUUUAGCUACUACCUAAUCAAAUAAAAAGAAGAGGUCACUCUUUACCUGGUAAAAAA